UGGUAUAUAAAUUGGCUGAGUUCGUAAUGGAAAUCAAUCAGCAUCUAACUACUAACAGACGCAGCAUUUGGCUAAUCCAACACCAACGUUCAGGCAAAAUGGCAUUUAAGUUCGUAGCAAUUUUCGCUAUCAUUUCGUUGGCCAGCGCUGGCGUAAUCCCCGUACAAGAGGUUUAUCAUCAUUCACCUGUUGCGACCGCAGUAGUGAAAGCACCCAUAGCUUAUGCUGCUCCAGCUCCGACAUAUGCUCAUGUUGCUCCAGCCCCAAUUGCUGUACAUGCACAUGUUCAACCUGCUCUUGCUAAGCAGGAUGAAGAGUAUGACCCACAUCCACAAUACAAAUACGGCUAUGAUGUACAGGACGCACUCUCUGGCGAUUCUAAAAGUCAAACUGAGGAACGCGAUGGUGAUGUCGUUCACGGCGAAUACUCUUUGAUCGAUGCUGAUGGUUUCAAACGUGUAGUGCAAUAUACCGCCGAUCCCGUUAAUGGUUUCAAUGCUGUUGUUAACCGAGUGCCAUUGGAACAUGUUAAGACCGUAGUGAAGGCCGCACCUGUUGCCUAUGCAGCUCCAGCUGUCGUCAAGCAGUACCCUGCACCAAUUGCUUAUCAUCAUUAGACCGAAAU